CGUGGCCAAUAUAAGACUUAACGUUCUUCAAAAUGAGGCUGAUAUCUCCACCGCUUUGUAUGAUAGCGGUCGCGUUUGCCGUACUGACGGCAUCCACGGCAGGUGCUGCUCAGGAAAAGAGAGACCAAGAUUACGGCACCGUUAUCGGAAUCGAUCUGGGCACGACGUACUCUUGCGUCGGUGUCUACAAGAACGGACGCGUUGAGAUCAUUGCGAACGAUCAAGGAAAUCGAAUCACACCCUCCUAUGUGGCGUUUACCGCCGAAGGUGAACGACUGAUUGGCGAUGCGGCCAAGAAUCAGCUCACCACCAAUCCGGAGAAUACGGUGUUCGAUGCGAAACGGUUAAUCGGUCGCGAUUACAAUGAUCCAACCGUGCAGCAGGAUAUAAAGCUGUUUCCGUUCAAGGUCGUGGAGAAGAACUCUAAGCCGAACGUUAAAGUUACUAUGAGUCAAGGCGAAAAGAUCUUCACACCAGAGGAAAUAUCAGCAAUGGUGCUCGGAAAGAUGAAGGAAACCGCAGAGGAGUACCUUGGCAAGAAGGUUACCCACGCAGUUGUUACCGUUCCGGCGUACUUUAAUGAUGCUCAGCGACAGGCCACGAAGGAUGCUGGUACCAUAGCCGGAUUGAAUGUAAUGCGUAUUAUUAACGAACCUACGGCAGCCGCUAUUGCUUAUGGAUUAGACAAAAAAGAAGGUGAAAAGAACAUCUUGGUGUUUGAUCUCGGCGGCGGAACGUUUGACGUAUCCUUGCUGACAAUCGAUAAUGGAGUUUUCGAAGUCGUAGCUACCAACGGAGACACACAUUUGGGAGGUGAAGACUUUGAUCAGCGAAUAAUGGACCAUUUCAUAAAAGUUUACAUGAAGAAGCAAGGAAAGGACAUUCGACAAGAUGUUCGGGCAGUUCAGAAGUUACGUAGAGAGGUGGAGAAGGCUAAACGUGCGUUGUCAUCAAGUCAUCAGGUUCGGAUUGAGAUUGAAUCAUUUUUCCAAGGUGAAGAUUUCAGCGAAACUUUGACUAGAGCAAAGUUUGAAGAGUUGAACAUGGACUUAUUUAGGGCUACCAUGAAACCAGUGCAAAAGGUUCUGGAGGAUGCCGAUAUGAACAAAAAGGAUGUUGAUGAGAUUGUUUUGGUAGGAGGUUCUACUCGUAUUCCUAAGGUACAACAACUGGUCAAGGAAUUCUUCAACGGUAAAGAACCAUCUCGUGGCAUCAAUCCUGACGAAGCCGUUGCUUAUGGUGCCUCUGUGCAGGCCGGAGUGCUGUCAGGUGCUACCGAGACCGAAGGACUCCUACUGUUAGAUGUAAACCCCCUUACACUGGGUAUUGAAACUGUCGGCGGUGUUAUGACCAAGUUGAUUCCACGUAACAGUGUCAUACCGACAAAGAAAUCGCAGAUCUUCUCAACUGCUUCCGACAAUCAACAUACCGUAACAAUCCAAGUCUUCGAAGGCGAACGUCCUUUAACUAAGGAUAAUCAUCUUCUAGGAAAAUUCGACCUUACAGGAAUACCUCCGGCACCCCGUGGUAUGCCACAGAUUGAGGUUUCAUUUGAAAUCGACGCAAACGGCAUCCUACAGGUUUCAGCCGAGGACAAGGGAACUGGCAAUAGGGAAAAGAUUGUCAUCACGAAUGAUCAGAACCGUCUCACACCAGAUGACAUUGACCGUAUGAUUCACGAUGCAGAGCGUUUUGCUGAAGACGAUAAAAAAUUAAAGGAUCGAGUAGACGCCUUACACGAGCUAGAAAGCUACACGUAUAGCCUAAAGAACCAAAUUAGCGACCAGGAAAAGUUGGGCGCGAAACUAAGCGAUGAAGAGAAAAACCAAAUUGAGGAAGCCGUCGAUGAAAAGAUUAAAUGGCUGGAUGCUAACCAGAACGCUGAUACAGAGGAGCUUAAGAGCCAGCGGAAGAAACUCGAAGAAAUUGUUCAACCGAUUAUUGUCAAGUUGUAUGCCAAUGGUGAAAGUUCGCCUCAACAGGAAACAGAAGACGAUGACGAACAUGAUGCGAACGAUGAGCUGUAG